UGAAAGUGUGGAAAUCAAACCUAAAAAAUAAUCUCAAAAUAGGUUUCUUUCGGGCCACAGUUGAAAGCGUACUGCUUUAUGGUGCUGAAUGCUGGACGAUGACUGGAAAGAUGAGGAAUAGACUAGAUGGUACGUACACAAGAAUGCUCAGAGCAGUUCUUGGAGUUUCCUGGAAGGAGCAUAAAACCAACAAAGAACUGUACGGCAACCUUCCUAAGAUUACAGAUACAGUGAUGAUCAGGAGGCUGCGGUUUAUAGGACACUGUUGGAGAAAAAAGGAUGAGGUGAUAAGUGAUCUACUACUCUGGGAACCAAAGCACGGCGCAAGAAAGAGAGGAAGACCAGCAUUAACAUAUGUAGACCAGCUGCAAAAUGAUACUGGUUUGAGCAUUGUUGAACUGGAGAACAUCAUGGAAAACCGGAAGGAAUGGAUGAAGCUAGUUAAUGGAGUUCGAGUUCGCUCGAAAUAAGCAAGCAAGCAAGCAGCAGCUAUACUUCCAAGUUAAGUUUUAUAUCAACCUGUUUAACGUGUGUUUAUUUUUUUAUUUAGGACAUUUCUUUUACCAAAGUGUACCAGAAUGCCCCAAGUGUAUUUGUAUCAGCGAAUCACACUUCCAGUAGGGGACGCCUGGAUCCAAUGUACAACUCCAUAACCGCUUGGGUUGAGGUGAGCCAGAGAUCUGCGUAGUUAAGGGCUGUAAAAUAACUUUGAGGCGUUAGUGCCCGCGUUAGCAGUGCGGGUGUUUGUGAACUAACUGAAUCGUUAAACUUUCUGUCAUGGCAAUUAACCAUUUAAGGGUUAUUUCUAAGAAGGAUGCAAUCAAGUCACAGCGUUCAAGAUAAGUGAACCAACAGGCAUUGUGCAUUUCUUAGUUUCAUUCUCAUUAUUACCAGCGCUUUUGACAACAUUAAUUUAUUAAGCAAUUCCAAUGACGUAUACCUUAACACUAAUAAACUAAAGCCUCGUCCAAACGGACGCAACAUUGUUGGCCAGCAACUCCCAACAUCAUUGUUAGCAGAAGUCAAAGAAGAAUGAAGACCAAGAUGUAGAUCAGAUUCCUCGUACUUCAUAGUGUAGCGAGCGAGUUGCUUGAACACACCCGGCACUCAUCCACAAAUCUUGGGAGUUGUUGGCCAACAAUGUUGUGUCCGGUUAAUUGCACGGGGCUUUUAAGCCCCGUGCAAAAGUACUCGUCGGUUAAAGAUAAUAAGCGUUAAUACAGUAUUAACGGUAAUCAAUAGCAAAAUACAUUAUAUUGUCGAGACUAAUACGAAAUAAUUAAGGAAUUGUGCAUUAUCAAAUGCACUAUUAUCGUCACAUAUCUCAUUUUUCAGUAUAUCAACGCAACAGGAGCUCGAGUGUGUUUAAAAGAGUUGUACGAGUCAAAGUACGACCCUCUCUCAGUAUCAUAUACUGUCUUGUCAGGUAAGAACGGGUUUAUGGAAUUGUCAUUUUAGCAACACAUAGGUUUUACUGAUUACUCACAACUUAUUCAUUAUGAAUGCAUAAAGAGAUAACUCAGAUACGAGGGUCAUUUCAUUAAUAGAGGAAGGCGAUCAUUCAAUGUUUCAAUGUUUUUGCUACUGAUUAUCCCAUGUAGAAAAUGCUCUCAAUUUGGCGUUGUCAGUUUUAUUUUUCUCUUUUCCUCCUGCUAGGCGUAUCAGGCGCACAAGCAGUUGGGAUGAUGUUUGUGAAGCUGUCACGACCCCAGAAAUGCUUGCCUACAUUUCUCGUGCUUCUCGAUUAAUGUUCCGUUCUCCCUACUAAACCUUGGGAAAGCCUGUGGACCGAAUGUGUGGUGAUUUCUAAACUGCACAGUCGUUUUAUAUCUUUGUCACAGAUAUUUGCCAGCCAAGAUGGAAUUAUUUUGGUGGCUACUGUUACUUCACAAGUCGUGCAUGCGCCUCGUGGCUGACCGCCGAGUCAAACUGUUCUACGAUGAGUUCCAGUUUGGUAACGGUUCACAAUCAAGAAGAAAAUGUCUACAUUCAACACCGUCAUAACGGAGAGAGAUCUUGGAUUGGGCUUAAUGACCGAAGUGUGGAAGGCUCCUUUGUGUGGACAAACAAAGAAAUAAGCAAAUUUAGGUUCUGGGCCCCACAGCAACCGAACGACUGGAAAAACGAAGACUGUGUUCACACUCUUGGCGCCAAGCAUGGUUACACUUGGAAUGAUGUGCCGUGUACUAACUGUUACAACUACACUUGUUUUAAAGAUAAUAAGCGUAGAACUAUGAAGAUUUAUAACUAUAUAUCUUAAUUUUUAUGUUCCAGAUAGUGAAUCUACUGAGUUAAAACUACAUUCAAAAAGGUCGAAACACAAUUACAGCAUGUUGGGUAGAUGGUUAGACAGGUUGCAUGAAAAGGAAGAGAGGGUAACACCAAUCAGUUUCAUUAUUACAAACACAGGGAAACAGGUCGUAUAAUUUGCAUUAAAAAAAUGUCCUUUGACCUAAAAAUGGCCGCAAAAGCCUGAAAUCGGCGUAAUCAAAAGAAGAACGAGAAGGCGUUCAUACGUUGGAACCACGGGAAAAGUCGCACUAACCUCCACUUACUUUUUAACCCGGUUUUCUAAACACCUCUUUGCAAAUUAUUAACGAACAUAAGUACAUACGCUAACUCAGGGCACGCUUACGACCCUUUUUGCAAGUUCCCUUUUUUCAAACAUUUUUUUUUUUUUGCCUUGCCAGUGUACGUCAAUUACCCAACUACACCACAGUAUAUUCUUUUUAAACAAGCUUCACUAACCAAAAAAGUCAUGUUGUUUGACAAGAAGCCUCUGUGUGCUUACUUUUUAGACUUGGAUGAAUGUACCACUGGUUCCCAUGCCUGUGACGUCAAUUCUGUUUGCCAGAAUAUCAUGGGUUCAUACAAAUGCUCAUGUAAUGCUGGGUACACAGGAGAUGGAAAACCUUGCAAUGGUAUUUGAGAUACAGUUAAUCCUCCAUGUGCGACCAUCUCUCCUAAGCGACCCAUAAGUCGACAUAGAGCUACACAUAUCGUAACUUUGAAAUUGCACACAAUGAAUUGUUUUUCAAAGAGACGACCUACUCUAAUCUAAAGGUUCUUAAACAAGACGAUGAAACCAUUGAAGGUGCAAUGUUUGUGUGCAAAAGCUCAACUGCACAACACUGUCAUGUCAUUUUGGAAAAAAAGCCUAAAACCAUAUUUGUUGUAACAUGCAAACAACAAACAAACAACAACCAAAAAAAUGAAUACAUCCGCCUUAGCUACGAGAUGUAAACCAUCAGGUAGAUUUAAUAUUUGUUAUUCUAACGCUUUACGUAACUUACAAUUCUCAUGCAGAUAUCGACGAGUGUUCUACCAGCUCUCACAGCUGUGACGUUAAUGCGGUUUGUAGCAAUACUGUUGGAUCGUACGCACGCGCAUGUAAAGCAGGAUUCACAGGCGAUGGAAAAACAUGCUCUGGUAAGCUGUUGCGGUGUUGUAAAACACGCCUCCAAAACGAUGUGCGUGCCUGUAUUUUCUAUAUUUGAUCUUUACAUUUAAACAUGUAGAAAACGAUGGACAUAUAACCUCAAUAGUUCGAAAUAAUAAUUAAAGCGAAACUAGAAAUACGUAUCUCGCAAAAUUUCACUAAACUCGUUCUUGCAAAAUUGUCAAGCCCAGCCGGUUAGAAACUGAUUAGGUGACCAGGCUCUAAUCUGUCGUUAGACUUGGGGCUCCUUUCUGUCUUCUUUUUUGUUUCAUUAUCCUAUUUGAUUUUCAAAUACGUAUUUUAAAGCAUAUUUAGCACUUAACGGCUUAACCUCAAAACAAAGAUAGAUUUCAGGGAAGUUUAAAGGUUUUUUCUGUAAAACCCAAACUGAAACGCACGUCCGACAAACAUAUCCUGCGAGCUAAAGCAAACUUGUCUGCGCGAGUGAGACGCACUGACAAAUGUUCAUUUUAUCCGUCAAUUUUCGCUCUUAUUUUGAAGCUGAUGGUCCAAUUUGCUUCAAAGGUUUCUUUAAAAUACUUCUCCUAUCUGAAUUUAUCGCGAAAACCAUUUUUUGAUCGCCAAAACGCUCCAUGUAGCGACACAAAAUUAUAAACCCGGACAACGCGAGGACUUCGGCCGCCCUUCGCGAGCAGCAAAUCAAAACGACCAACUGAACAAACUUUGCUGCUGUAUUUAAUAAAAAUUGGCAUUGAAUCGUUAUGCCUUUAAUUUUUCAGAAAGGAAAUUUACUCCCUCUAAUACUCCCUCUUAUUAUAGCUAUUCUGCUAUAAGGGCUAAGAAAAAUUCACAAAUAUAAGCCUUCUUGAGACUUCCUCGCCUUUUGAGGUUCUUUUUUUUUUAAUUGUGUCUAUUACGUGUAAUUUAAUGUCCUCCCCGUUCGUUUAUAUGUAAAAAAGGCAAAAAAAAAAUAAAAAUAAAAAAUGAAGUAGCGAUUACCUAUUGUAGUUAAGCAGGAUUAACGCUUAGAGAAAAUAAGAGUAAAUCACCUUACUGAUCAAGAGUUUGCUGGAUCACUAAACAUGAAAGCUUCCUUACUUUUUCCGUCAGAUAUCGACGAGUGUUCUACCAACUCUCACAGCUGUGACGUUAAUGCGGUGUGUAGCAAUAAUGUGGGAUCUUACGCAUGCUCAUGUAAAGCAGGAUACACAGGCAAUGGAAACACCUGCACUGGUGAGUCGUUUGAGUUUAAUUUCGUUCGUAUGAUAUGUUUGUUUUUAGAUUGAAUGCAACGACAACAAUGCAAGAGUCUUUUGUGCUCCUUUCGUCUUUUACAGUUAAAGUUUUGGUUUUGCAGGAAGUUUAAUUAAUUUUACUAUUGACUGUAUGUAGUAAACAAAUAGAUGAAAAGCGGAGCCAAGCAGCCAGUUUAUAUCAUCGGAUAAUAAGUGCAACGAUGGUUAUUGUUCAAGCUUGCGAUCAUUUUUUUUAGGCCUAAAAGUCAAUUGGUUAGAUACCCUAAGCGUGAAACAAUGGAAAUAAUGAUAAACAAAUGAAUGAUGUGUUAUUGUUUCUGCGACCAAUGAGGUAACACCUUACGAGCAGCUCUAUCAUUGCUGUUUUUUUGUUCUUUUUUUAAAUCGCGCUUAAGAUAAUUCAUUCCGUUCUCUCUUAGCAAUGAAAACCGUUUUGAUUAUACAUUUUGGCAUUAUUCGUUUUGUAGAUAUUGACGAGUGCGCCAGCGGUACUCAAAACUGCCACAGUUCACUUGCUUAAUGUACAAACACGGUGGGAUCUUUUAGCUGUUCAUGUAACGAUCCUUCCAGUGGAGAUGGCAGAACUUGCAAUCUACCAUCAGGUAAUCAACUCGCCGAAUAUUAGGAAGAUGUCCAUUGACUAGACCUCUAAUAUGCCGGCGAUCUAGCGAUCAACGGACUAUGAUUCUUAUAAACAUCACUUAUUUGACUGCGGGAGCUUUGAGAUAAUGGUAGUUUCUUGGUGUUGCAGAGAAGAAAACUUAGUAAACAUUUCCCACAACUAUAUUACCUAAAGAUUCGGGAUAGUCAUUCCAGAGGCGGACUGCUCAUGGCCGCUGACCAGCAGUGAAUCGAAAGGAAGGCACGUCUAACUUGUUUCUAUUUCCAAUAUUACGAGAGUGCACAUUGCCCACUUUCAUUAACCUAUUACAGAGAAGGGACGGGGCAAGUCCCUUAACAUAUGUUAAAUAAACUCGAAUUUUUUUAAGGCUUGUCAAAAAAUGCAAGGCACGCGUUUUAUCACUGGUUAAAAAAUCUCUCGCUUAUUACGCUCAAAUGUUAAACCAAUGAUAACACUGUUGUUCAUGUUUUAAACAUUACUAAACACGGAACGUUUUCAGACUAGAAAACUAUUGUUUUUCUUUUUCCUAAAUUGAGAUACAUUACGUCAGAAUUCAACACCAAAAAACAUGCACCAACAUUUGACAAUUAACUUGAACGAAAUGGAACAAGAGUGAUAAAAAUUAAUUUGAAACAGCGUGGAUACACUUUUUUGUGGCGUUUUCGCUCCAUGCCGUCGCAGUCGUGGUUGCUUAAUAUGCUCCUUAUAUGGAAAGAGACCGUGACUGAUAGGGAGAUCGGGUAUGCCAAAUAUGGAGAAUAUGGACUCUUCGCCUCCGACUCAUGUGAGUUUAAUAAGGUUAGCGUUAGAUAACAUCGAGUGAAGCCAGAUUGGACACCUUAUGAAUUUUACACAACGCAUUAUUUCCAUAAUGGAACGAGACUGGGAUGUAGAAUGAGGCUAGAAUAGCUGAAGAAACCAAAACUACAGAUCGCCAGUUAUAGAGAGAACAUAGUAGAGCGUUAAUCACUGAUCUGCAGUGAUUAGGGUUAAGCACUGAUCUGAAAACGGUUAGCUUUCAAAUAUUGUAAUGGGGCACGGCAUAUAAAAGAACAUGUAUGUUUUAAAAAUUAUUGGGUUUGGCAGCUAGUCCCCGAUGGUGUAGUGGAUAUGGAUGUAGGCUAUAAAGCAAGUGACCCGAGUUCAAAGCAUUACAGUGGAUUUUUUCUAUUUCAUUUUAUAUUACACAGUAAAGUUGGACUUAAGUUGAUCUUCAUGUAAUUUUACUGAAAGAAACAAUCUGACUUCAGCCGAUGUUACCCAAUGCUAACCGUUUAAUAAACUCUACGUAAACUCUGGAGGGGCUAAACUGUAACGUCACUGAAAUUCGCAGUAGACUGCGAGAUUAGAACCGCACCAUUUGAAGAGAGAGCAUCAUGCCGCCAGCACGCAAGCUCAGAAAGAAAAAACUUUAUAGGCGUUUGUUAUUUUGCGCUUCUCAGCCUGAUCAUUAUGAUAACAAGCUUCAAGCGUAUCUGACAGUUGGGAAGAUCUCCAGCAAGUCUAGUUCGCUGCCUUCCGUUAUUUGCUCUAUGAGAUCUCUUUACUCACACGGAUCCGUGCAGAAGAAGAAAAUGAAAUUGCAUGAAAUUGCAGGCAAUGCAAAAAUCACAAGGGGAUAGUUCAUACUUCCUUUUGAGUUCGUAGCCAUCCUCACUCAAGGGAUUUUGAAACUCGACCUUGCUACCAAUGUUCCAAGGCAACCUUAUGGCACAAGACCACUCAGUAAGAAUAUAUAUAUAUAUAUAUAUAUAUAUAUAUAGAUUGGCAGAGUUGGAUUAUUUGUUCGAAGACAUUUAUUGCUACUCGGAGUUUCAUGCUCCUUGCGGAGCAAUCAUCAGGCAACUGCCAAAAAUAACGGAUACAUAUGAAGAUGUACAAAAUUUGAAAAUACAGAACAAUGCGUAGUGGCGUGACAUGCAGAAAUAUGAUUGGUUGCUAAGCGAAUACGUUCUUCAAGAGGAAUUUCUUAGAAUGUCUACAAUUAGAUAUCAGUUCGCUUCUGUUGUUCAGGGUUGACAUUUCGGGUUUACAGAUAAUAAAAUAUUUUUUCCCAUAAACACAAGUUACAUCUCUUGCUUAUACUAGAAUAUGAUCGGGCCUGUUUUACCUUUCGCCAUUUGAUGUUGUACGGAAUACCCUUAUCUUUAAGACUCCAAAUAUAUUUACUUAAUUCAGUUGCAUGCUUAUACCGCUCGUUCUUAAAUGAGCACACAUGGUUUCUGUAGUUGCAUUUACCGUCCAUGGGACACGUGCUUGAGUUCCGGCAGUUACAAUUGCUGUCAUCGGUGGUAUCAUUAAUAGGAUCAGAUGUGUUAAUUUGAGCUUUGUUGUGGUUGGAUAUAAUCUGAUCCUAUUAAUGAUACCACCGAUGACAGCAAUUGUAACUGCCGGAACUCAAGCACGUGCCCCAUGGACGGUAAAUGCAACGAUCAAAACAUGAUCUACCAAGCCGAAGUCACGACACCAUCUUCAAGAGAGACAUACAUUGGUCUUUGCGAUACAACCUAUAAGUUGAGAUACAGAAACAAUGUGUGCUCAUUUAAGAACGAGCGGUAAAUAAUAAUCCAACUCUGCAAAUCUACACAUCGCUCUAGUUUACCUAUUGAGCACUUUAAUAGCUGAUGAAAUCUUCAAUUCACUAUAUUACUAUAUUAUAUAUAUAUAUCUGUCUGAUUUUGGAAAAAGGUACCCUACAACAGAAGAGGGUCUGUAACAAAUGUAUGUCUUUUCUGUGGUUCCAAUAUUGACUUAACUUUUAAAUUACCAAAAAGGCCUUAGAGUGGCCAAGCUUCUUUCAAGUAUGGUAGAAAUUGGCUAAUGAGCCACACCCCUUCUCCCCCUAUUCCCCUCACCCCUGCAUCCGAGGCCCUUGUCCUAACAGCUUAUAUGGGCCGGAGCAGAAAAACAAUAAACUAACAGCAUGCAAUGACUUCAAUGCUUGCGUGCAUGACCACUACUGUAUAACGGAACGUUAGAUAGCUACUCUAGCCAAUAGUUGGGACUCUGAGAAAGGUGCCCUUUUCUAAAAUCAGACAGAAAAUUAAUAUGUGGUAAUUUCCCAAAUAACUAGGUAACUGCCCCAAUGAACACUCAACCACUUUCUCCACUGGCCAGCUAUCUGCUGCAGUAAGUAUUCAAGCGGUACACAAAUCAUUACUUAUCCAGUUACAGUGAAUAAUAUGUGGUAAUUUCCUAAUGACAAGGUAACUGCUUCAAUAUGAAUGUACUCAACAGCUUUCUCUAAUAGCCAGCUAUCUGCUGCAGUGAAUAUUGAAGCAGUACACAAAUCAUUGCUUAUCUGUUAGGGUGAAUUAAUACGUGGUAAUUUCCCAAAUGACCAGCUAACUGCACCAAUGAAUACUCAUCCACCUUCUCUAAUGGCCACCUAUCUGCUGCAGUGAAUAUUAAAGCAGUAUACACAUCAUUGCUUAUCUGUUAGGGUUAUCUGUCUGAUUUUGGAAAAAGGUACCCUACAACAGAAGAGGCUGUGUAAAAAAUGGAUGCCUUUUCUGUGGUCUCCAAAUUGACGUAACUUCUGAAUUACCAAAAAGGCCUUAGAGUGGCUAAGGUUCGUUCAAGUGUGGUAGAGGUUGGCCAGCGAAUCACGCCCCUUUCCCCUCAAACCCCCCACCGGCUUCUGAGGCCCUUGUCCCAACAACUAAUAUGGGAGGAGUAUAACGAACAAAAAGUAUGCACUGAUUUCAAUGCUUGCGUGUGUCACCACUACUGUAUGGCGGUAAGUUAGAUAGCUACACUAGCCAACGGCUGGAAUUCUUAGAUAGGUACCUUUUUAGGUGAAAUCAGACAGAAAUAACACAAGUGUUAGCUUGUAGUUUAUAAUCUGCCAUGGUGAUCUUUCUAAUUUGGCCAGAAAAGGUUUCUUAAAGCACACAGGGUUUGUAAGCAAUCUAGUAUGCUAUUUCCGUGGUCCUUGUAUUGUCCGUUGGGUCUGUUUUUUUCGAAAGGGUCAAAGUUCUUUAGGCUCCUUUAGUGCAGUGACCACUGCUUUACUCCCUCUCUGGUGAAAAAAGAUAAUAAUAAUAAAUAAUAAUAAGCAACAGCAAUUCAGGGAAAGAAGUAUCGCAGCAUAAAAUACUAGCAUUACUAAAGUUUGUUAACUGGUUCAAGUUAAUAGUAGCUUUGAGAGAAAAUAUUCGAGCACCUCUUGCGGUUUCCAAGCAAGAUGUCCUAUUUACCGUUCUCGUUUUAACCCCAAUUACCUGCCGGUAACUCUUGCGGCAAGAACCAAGAGCUUUUGCUCGAGUGUCUCCCAGAGUUACCGGCAUUUAAAGACUGACAGAAACGUCAAGACUUCUACUUGUGAAAGUAAAAAAAAACAAAAAACAAAAAAACUAAUGCAGUUUCACUCACCGUGAUCUCUUGCAGCGAAGUUGCGCAUGGCCGCGGAGGACUGUGUAAUUGCCCCAAACGGGGCAAAAACCCAGGCUUCGCGCGGGCAACAGCUCCGUGGGCCAUUUGUACGAUGACGUAUCCCUUUAUUUUUACUACUAAGACCAGAGUUCAUUUCGUUUUUUCUUUUCUAUUUAAAUUUGGUAGUCCCAGUUAUGGGGCGCCAAAUGUAAAAAUAUUAUUUAGGCAAUAUUUUUCUAAUUUUUGUGCUAUUUAGCAAAUAGCACAACAAUUGUCUUGCGAUUUGUAAAUAACGCUUUCCAAGACAUUUGCGAUAUGUUAAUCACAGGCAUAGAACUUUUCGCUGCUUAGCGAUUUAUAAAUUGCAAGAUUUCAAACUUUGCAAUUUAUAAAUCGCAAGAUACUUUACUUUGCGAUUUAUAAAUCGCAAGCUACCUUACUUUGUGAUUUAUAAAUUACAAGUUUCUAACUUUGCAAUUUAUAAAUCGCAAGAUACUUUACUUUGCGAUUUAUAAAUCGCAAGCUACCUUACUUUGUGAUUUAUAAAUUGCAAGACACUUUACUUUGCGAUUUAUAAAUCGCAAGAUGUCGGACUUUGCAAUUUAUAAAUCGCAAGAUGUACGACUUUGCAAUUUAUAAAUCGCAAGAUGUCUGACUUUGCAAUUUAUACACAGCAAAUGUGCAAUUUAUAAAUCUCAACUGUGUUUUUUAAGAAUCUCGAAUGUGCGAUUUAUAAAUCGCAUCCCUUAUCGCAAUUUGUACAUCGCAAAUGUGCGAUUUAAACCGCAAGCCGAAGAAGAUUGCUACUGCGGGCUCGUACUCUAUUAAAAGUUUGGCGGGAAAGUGCACGGGAAGGUCAGUCUUGUUUUCAACAAUGGCGGACGAUCUUGCAAGAAGACUGUCAUCUGCCGUUUCCAAAGCAAUAUCUGAGGCCCUCAAUGCUGAUUUAAAUCAGGUAAGCUAAUGGCCCUCAUCUUAUCUUUGAGGUUAAAAGUUCAAUUUCUGAGCUUCUAAAUAAUUGUGCAUUUUGGUCAUGUUUUCGGUUUGCAGAGUUCGAGUGGUUCUUCGUCUUCUUCUGCAUCUACUGCCACGUCAUCCGCUCCACCUCAAGUAUGUGUAAUUUUUAGUUUUAUUUCCCACAGAUUAAUCAAUAGUUGGUGAUCAAGGUUUAGUUGUUCGCGUGUAGUCGUCUCAAAAGAUCUUCAUGCAGGAGUCUAGGUACCCUCGAUAAUUACAUGACUUGGAAAAAGAGACUUCAUUGAACCGUUUAGUUUUAGACAGGGGCACCCAACGAGAAUAUAGUUCAAAACCACUUAAACAUAGCAUUGUUAAACGUGUUUUAGUAUUUAAACAGUGGAUAUGGGCAUAUUUUUAUCCCCUAUAAAUUUUUCAUCUGUUCGGAUUUCCUAGCUGAAAGUCUAGUGAUCCGAAAAUAAUAGGGAUCAAAACUUACCUGUUCGAAAAUUUCAGCCAGAGAAAAGGCUCCCGAAAAUUUUAGGUGACCUUUUUAGGGUAAAAAUCCGUUGAAAAUGAGCAAUUUUACCAUUUUUUAGAUGUUCGAAAAUCCUAGGAGAGGCAGGCAGGCAAGAAAUUUUACAACAAAUGUUCCGAAAGUUCUAGAUCUCAAAUCGUCUUCCGAACAGAUAUUUUUCCGAAAGUUGUCGUUGGGUGCCCCUGUUUAGAUAGAAAUGUGAUAUUCAGCAUCGUUCCAUUUUCGUUUAUUCAUGUAUUGUUUCCCUUUAAUAUGACGCCCAAUACAUGACUUUUUGCUUGCGGUAGCCGAAACUGAAAAAACAAAUAGUGUAUAACAGUUUUGCGCAGGACCUACAAUAGUCUUAACACUGUCUUAAAGAUUAUAAUUUAUUUCACUAGUCAGAGCUAUCUACACCAGUGAAAGAGCUGCCAAUAAUAGUAAUUGAUCAGCAAUUUCCCAUAUCGUAUUGCGUAGAAUUCUUCCACGAAUUGUUAAAUCAUACAAUAAUGAAAAACUCUCGAUGCUUUAGCUAGAGUUAGAACAUUGAUCUUCCGACUAAUCAAGUAAUGGAAACAUUCUCCUAAAAUGCGCACGCUUGCUUUUUAGAACUCGUAGCUUGUUGUCUCCCCGUUAAUGCAUUGUCUAGUAGAUGCAUCACUUAUUGAACUGAUAAGAGGAAGGGUAACCCAAGCCGUCUCGUUAUCAGUAUGAACAAUCAUUCUUGACCUUGUAAAUUGUGCUUUUUGUAUCGUUUGAUGAUGACGGUAAGGGGUAAGGGUCAGGUGAGGCCGGAGGAAAAUUAGGGGGGACAUCGAAAAAUGAGGAGGGGAAGUAUGGAAAAAAAUAAACUUGUUUUUAAAUCUUAUAUUUCAUCAGAUUAUACUCAUCAAAGAAAUAAACAUGUUACAAUGCCUUAUACUCAUAUGAACGUACCUCAUAACAAAAUGUAAACUAUGAGAUUAGAAGUUAUAUGACAGGUGGCACAAGAAAGUGAUCUAUCAAUGUAACAACGAUUUUUGCCCCUUAUGUUAUUUCUUACUUCCAGAACCUAUAGAAUGCUAAGACUGCACCCUCUUCUAUAUUCAUGGAAAUAGUUAUUCUCUAAUAAGCACUUCAGGCGCUCAUAAAGCUUUCUGGGAGUCAGGGUUUUCGUAUCAGUUAAUGCUGUAAGUCCUGCCUUUCAUAUUUUAGAUGGAUUGGGAACUGAAACGAUAGAGGAGUUUCGGGUGGCGGGCUCUGAAAUAUAUCUGAAGAAAAUUGGGUGGGUUCUUAACAAAAAUACAGUUCAUUUUUCUCCAGCCCACUCCUAUGUUCAGUUAAUGAAUGGUCCCUAAAUAGAAAGGAUGAAAACCGUUUGUUCACUGAACAUGCCUCUUCUGUCUCUUCCUGCCUCAAAGCACUGGCAGGCUCUUUAUGACUCCCUUUAACUAACUAAUCCAUCACAAAGAGCAAAUGUCAUUACUCAGUACUUAUAUCCUACAAUCGAAUAGUAACCAUGUGUCCUCCAUUCCAGGCUCUCGCUUCUCGUUUCCCUUUGCCAUCUGCUGUCGCCAGAUUCCAACCUCCCGCGGCCAAACGGAAGAGAGUGGCAGCCUCGGCGAGACCGAAAAUGUUUUUCAAAACUGCGAUUUGUCUACCACCUGUCAAAAAGAUAUUGGAGCCUAUUCCAAUACCAAGAGGAGAACAGCGAGCACACCUGCAAGAAGCAGGGUUGGUCGGGAAAGUGUGCUUAAAUUCGACCUGGAAAGCUCACGAAGUUGAAUCGGAGAUCGGGAGCCUUUUUGCUCCCUCUUUUGGACUUUAUAAAGACGACCCCUUUCCGUUCGUCUAUCUUAGGUAGGGAACGCUUAAAGUUUACUUAGUUAGGAAGGCUAGUGAGAAUUAAUGUCAAUGGGCGUCACCCGCUUUUCCCUUUUGGAGUGUAUAAUGAAUCAAAACUGUAUUUACUUUGGUUCUUCUAUAGUACAAUGCCAGGGACGAAGAAACUUUGUAUUCCAAAAACGUCUUCAUCUUUCGUGUGGGACGCUGGGGAAGUUCUCUCUGUGUGUUCCAGGGACAGUUUGUACAUCAUGGCAAAAAUGGAACCCCUGCGGUCAUUGAAACGAAAUUGCUCAAUGGUACGUAGCAGCUGUAUUAGUAUCAAACGCAGUUUAGAACUAACUUGGACUUUAAGGUCGCAGAGGUAUACUGCAGUUGGCAGAACGAUCAACAGCGGGUCACACCAUGAAUUCGUAGUGGAUCACUCUAGAUCUCUUCAUUACUCUGGUCCUACUCAUCUACCUACCAUCUUUUCAGCUGUUAGGCAUUAUAACCAGCUGGUUUCUUUUAGUUUUCUUCUUUUGGAAUUUUUCUAUUAUUUCAAACUUUAAUUCCGAUGGCCUUCAGGGAUGUACCAUUCUUUAGUAGGGGAAAAAUUAUCGUUUGGAUAGGAAAUUGUUGUCAUUAUCUUUGACGUCAUAGUUUAAGGGCAUGUUGCCGAUAAUUCAACCCCUCAAACUUUUCCUUUCAAUAGGGACUAUCCGACGAGGAAGACGAAGACAGUAGCCUGAUGCAGCCAGUGUUUACUGAUUGGCAAACAUUGGCUGAACCGGAGCCUUCAACCACCUCGCCGGCUGCCGAUCCGCCGCAGUCUCUUCGGUCCUCGCGUGUGGCAAACACGCAAACCACGGAUAUCUUCCGGUAAGUCAUUGCUGUGACGCCAAUGCCAAAAAGGAAAUGUAAUGUUCCCCACUGAGAACUUCUAUAAUUUGCCUAUUUUCGGUUUUUAAGGUCGUAUAUGUCGUUAGUGGACGAAGAGAUCGAUCUGAUUUCCGACGACGAGGAGGACAGUGGGACCAGUGAUGCAAAGGACACAGCCGAUACUUCCUCAACACAGUAUGUUUAAAUGUCCACUUUUAUGCUUUUAGUGCAUAGGGCAAUUCUUAGCGUGCAGUUCAUAAAGGAGUUCUUGUGAAAAUGAUUUCGAUUGAAGUUUCAGUCGAUAGCGCGAUUCGCCGUUGUUUAAUUUAUAUAGAAUCGAAUAUGGACUUGACUUACUGGACAUGGACCCGGGGGUACUCCCAUACAUUACCUAUACGGGUAUGUGCCGCCCAAAGGGGUCGUGAUUUGGAAGCUCCUGAUUUAGAACGGGGUAUCCAUUUCAGAGGCGUUUUGGAGAACGAGGUAUAAUAUUUCGAACGCAUCAAAGCUCCACUUUUGUAAGGAGCCAUUUGAAAUUAUUCAAGGACAGAUUGCUUUUAAAAAUACGGCUCAAUGCGUUAACAAGCAAACCGUUGUACUCUUGUUGCCCCCUAGAACGGAGUAUAAAAAAUUGGCCCAUUUCUAGAACAAGGUAUCAGUUUUAGGGCGAAUUCUAGAACGGGGUAUAAAAAAUUGGCCCAUUUGUAGAACGGGGUGUCAAUUUUAGGGAAAAUUUUUCUAGAACGGGGUGCCAAUUUGGAGUCCCGGGCGGCACAUACCCACCCAAAAAAUACCCAAGUGCCCCCGGGACAUGGACCAAUCAAACAGUGAUUCGAUCGUGUUACAAACCUGCUAACAUAUAUAUUACCCAAUGCCCGGUUCGAUUGAACAAAUGUUGCUGGAAGAGCUUAGUUCCUUCAAUUUGUACGCAGUUAAUCGGCUUUCAGCGAUUUUACGGGGCUUUUGAUUUACCCCAAGUUUGCACAGAAUCGCAUGACGGUUUGAUUUUCGAUUCUGCAGUAAAUAAUGCCGAUUCACGCUAUCAACUGUACAACUUCAGUCAAGUUUACGAAUAACUUCUCUGCGCCCUGCCUGCCUAGCCUGUUCCUGGCUCUUGGGUCUGCGAAAUUGAGAAAGCGACAAAUUUAUUUGCGUGCCUUUCGCUUACGCACCAUCCCCAUUAUCUGAGAGCCUGGAACAAGCUGCGCCCUGUGGGAACUGUGUUUUUCCACACGUAGAACAGUAAACUUUGGAUCUGUUAAUGAUUCUUAUUAUUUUGAAUUUCAGUAACAACACUGCAACACUCCCUGAAAUACUUCAGGAGCUGCAAGGACAACUGAACCGGGAACAUUCAUCGCAUAUAAAUGUCCGAAGAAGUGCAAUUUGGUCUGAUACGUGUCGUCAAAUGUCGAGAAAAAAAUUCUCUCCCGGCAACAAUAUUUCGGUUAAGUUCGCGGACAACGUGGGCACUAGCGAGGGUGCCGUAGACGUUGGGGGUCCCAAGAGGGAGUUUCUAAGAUUGGCGGUUAGGUCAGCCAAUUUAGAUUCUGGAGUUUUCAUCGGACCAGAAGGAUGUAGGAUGUUAUAUCCAAACUCGCUUGGUAUGUAGUGUACCCCGGUCCUAUGGGCUUUUCUUCAGGGAAAUUUAUUUCCACGUUAGAGAGAACAACUAAAAAUGAUGAAGAUGAUAGCCCCUCCCCACCUCUCCUCGGGAAGUAAUUUCAUGACGGCUUCAUACAGGUUUGAACAUGGUGAAAGAGAGAAAUAUUUAUCCCACGAUAAAUUUUCUUUAACUGUUUCUGUGCGAGGAAAAAUCUUAUUAAAAAAAUCACCCAAGCCUAGUGGCUCGCAAAAAUGUUCCUACACUGGCCUAAAAAAAUUCAUGUGUGUGGGAAAUGUUUACGAAAAAACGUUAACGCGGCUCGGUAAUUCCCCAACUCUCCCUCAGAACUUUUGACCUCUUAGUCUUGAUUAAGGCAGUUAUAUAUUUACUUUUUUAAAAAAACCUAAGGGAAAGACCACUUAAAGCUAAUUUGACUGUAACUGAAAUUACGUAUUUAUUGGAAAAGAAAGUUUCUCAAGAUUUUGUUUCCUCACUAGUGUUAUGUUUACGUUCUUAAUGUUUUCUAUAGCACGUGAAAAAGACGCCUACCGUCUGGUAGGUCUAAUUCUGGCUUGGUCGGUGGUCCACGGCGGUCCCGGUGGAAAAUUUUUGUGCCCUACAUUAUACGAUUCUGUCGUGUAUGGGCCAGACGUGACAAAUCCGAGUUUAGACGAUGUUCCUACCCUACAACUCAAAGAAAAAAUUCAAAAGGUAAGCGGUCCAUGAAAUGUCUUUACGCUUGAUUUCUCUGACCACCUGUUGACUUCAGCAACGUUUCAAUUACGGUCCCAUAAUAAAUAAAAAGAAAACCUUUUUAUUUUCGAUAAUUGAGCCGCCUCGCUAGGGCCUCCGGACAGCAUCGUUUUAUUCGCGCGAUUUCAAAUUUAUCAAAGAGUGAAAUAUCAAAUGCAGGAAUUUCAGGGGCACCCAACGAGAAUAUAGUUCAAAACCACUUAAACAUAGCAUUGUUAAAUGUAUUUUAGUAUUUGAAAGGUAGAUAUUGGGAUAUUUUCAUGCCCUAAAAAUUUUCCAUCUCUUCGGAUUUCGUAGCUGAAAGUCUAGUUACCCGAAAAUUAUAGGGAUCAAAACUUACCUGUUUGAAAAUUUCAGCCAGAUAAAAGGCUCCCGAAAAAUUCUAGGUGAUCUUUUUAGGGUAAAAAUCCGUUAUUAAAGAAUGGACAAUUAUACAAUUUUUUAGAUGUUCGAAAAUCCUAGGAGAGGCAAGCAAGCAAGAAAUUAAAAAAAAAAAAAAUUUCCGAAAAUUCUCGAUCUCAAAUCGUCUUCCGAACAGAUAUUUUCCGAAAAUUGACGUUGGGUAUCAGGAGCAAGUUGGGCAACCCCGACACCGAAAGAAACAAAAAAAAAUGAUAAUAGUAAUAACGGGGAGAAAAGCCAAACAUGACAAACAGAACCUCUGAAGGUUUAACAGUUUUUGAUAGAUUUACUUGCCGGUCAUCAUUGCACGACUAAUGUUGUCAAAGAUCGUCUUUCCGUUCAUCAAUGCUGUCUCGAAUAUCAAAUUUGCUUAUUAACAAUGAUAACUAUUGUGGUCACUGAGUUGUGGUUGUCAUCAAAACGAGCAAGUUUUAGUCCUUAUACUUUUUUCACUAGAUAGAGCAGUCUACAUCAGUGAAAGAGUUAAAGGAAAGGUUGUAUGAUGAAGAGAUACAGACGAUUUUAAGUGACCUUGGUGCAAGCCCAGUACCUUCGAGCAUCGAACAGAAGGAUUGGUAUAAGAAGAUUAUUCUUCGCCAUGUACUUAUUGACUCCACAAGGUACCUAUUGGAGGAGUUUAAAAAGGGCUUACAAACCUUGGGUGUGCUAGAUGCAAUGCAGAGACACCCUCAGCAAUUUCGAGAUGUGUUCACCAAUGAAAACGUUAACCAACUUGAUGCCCAGUGCGUGGAUCUACUUUUUACGGUUCACUUUGCCGAGAUGGGAUCUAACGCAAGACCAAAACAGGAACUGGCUGUAAUCCUCUGGAGGGAUUACCUUCAAGAUUGUGAAAGUAAGGUUCAAACAGUUUUUAGUGCACAUGUUCUGGUUCAAUUUCAUCCAUGGUUUAAUUUUACGUGAUGAAGAAUAAUUAUCCGUGGGAUGAUAGCAGUUCUUCUCUAUCGAGGUUUUUUUGCGCUAUAUUCUUGCUAUUUUUUGUAGACAGCAGCCCCGAUUCUUCUGCCAUUUUCCCAAGAUCUGUGCAGAAAAACGGGCCGUCUGCACCUUUUCAUUACAACUGGCGGGAUUGAAGCCAAUCAAAGCUGGACAAACAUUUACAACCAACACUGAAUUGUAAACAUGUAUAUCUCUGAAAAGGUCAUCUGUUUAUUUUGAAUAGUACAGGGCUUUAAUACUGUAUCAGUUUAUAUAUUUUUUUCUUUUUCAGGCAGGGAGGCCAAAGCAACUCUGGGGGAUGUUUUAGCGUUUGCGACUGGUGCUGAUGUACCCCCCACUUUGGGUUUUGAUACAACACCGACCAUCUCCUUUGUAGACGGAGCGUUCCCUACUGCAAAUACGUGUUCAGCCACCAUCAGAUUGCCUACGAUCCAUGAUACCUACGACGAUUUUAAAGAGAAAAUGGAUUUUGCCAUACUUAACUCUCCCAGUUUUGGGCAGCCAUAGUUAGGCGACAGUGGAUGCUUCGACGAACAAGAGUGUGAGCCAGAGCCUAUAGGAAUAAGUGAUUGUAACCAGAAAAUAGGCGUUCUCUAUAUUCCCAGUCAGUUUUUAUUUCAGCAGCUAGGAAAAAGGCCAUCCCAUAUAUAAUUAUUUAACAGCAUAACUUCUCGUACCGUGUUAUGGAAACGUUGCUGUACACAUCAUUAAACAAACUUUUUCUUUCCAAGUUCAAGUUUUCUUUCAACAUUACACUACCUUACUGCAAAAAAACAAAAACAACAAAACAACAACAAACAAACAAAAACAAAUUGUUGGAAAAAGAAAGGUGAAUUAAGAUGUCAAUGAAUUGAUAACUUUCUCCCCACAAAGUCAACCGUUCGACGGUAGAGUUCUUUACCACAAGUCGAGGUUAACGGAUCAACGAGACGUUGUAGCUCUUGGUAAUCUGUCUCACCCAAGGGAUUUGAUGUUGGAGGCACUUGUACGUACGGCAAAUUCGUGGAGAUGAGCUCAUCUACAUUUACACCCAUCCAUGCAUCAUUUGGGUCCCGGCCGUCUCCAAAGGCUGUUAAAUGUAGAUUUGUCCAAAAGAUCUGGGCCGGAGUGUUAUUACUCUCUGUAGAAAUCUUGUGAUUAUUAUGAGCAGAAACAAACUCGGCGAGAUUCUUGUUCAAGCGCGGUAAGUAGACAUAGUGAAGGCAAAAUAGGUCGGUCUCAUUCAGAGGGUCAAGAAUACCCGCCCUUUCGAGGUCAUAAAAUUCGGACUUGAAAACUGAUAGCUCGUGCUCGUUCACUGAUCGGUUAUGUCGCUCUAUCCUCUGAUUAUGUACCGACGACCCGACAAUAACAGACCUUGCAUCCUCUCCCCAAGCCAACGUCAUAUCUCUCCAUACCAAAACGUUCUCUCCACCAUGGUCACUGCGGAUUCGCUGAGGUCUGCCGUUCCUACGAACAGCUUCGUUGAAAGAAAGAAGAACAGUUUCUGACUUAUUGUUUGUUGAGCAGCGGCAGAAGGUUAUGAGGCGGCUAAAACCAUCGAUACAGUGAUGGAUCACAAACCUCCAUCUAAUUAACUUGUGGUUACCGUCAAGGUGCCACAAAUAAUUUGGAUAGGGGACUGAGUAAACACGUCGACGAAUUGCUGGCCUCUUCCUUGUUGUCACAGAGGGAUCUAAGUCAUGUAUAGCCUUGCGUAUUUUGCUGCGCUGAACAUUGAUUCCUUGGGCUCUAAGGUGACCUUGCAGCAUAACCUCACCGGCAUUGGGAUGAUUACCCUUGAUAGAAGAGACAGCAUGCUGAAUAUCUGCCUCUGAAAUAUCAGAGUAACGGGUUUCGUGUAGAUUGUAUUCUGCCAUCGCUUUGUACACUGUGGGACGAGAUACCCGUAAGUCUUCGGCAAUACGGGAAAUUGGUAUCUUAAGCCUUAGCAACCCUUCUAAUCGUUCUUUGGAUAAUGCCUUUGAAGGUCUUCCUGCUUUCCUACAUUAACAGAGACUAUUUAUUAGUUGUCGUGAUUAAAUCCCUGAAACUACUUACAAGAAAUAGCUUACAAAUAAUGAUGGUAAUGUGGUAUAGUAACUGCCCUGGUUUUUCUCCGGCCAAGGAGGGGGAAGGUCAUAGAUUAUCAUGCAAUAUGCAGCUCUCACCCCACGUAUUACAGCCAAAAGGUCUUUAUCACAUGGUAUCAUAUAUUAGUAAAAUCCAACUAGUGGUCUAUUAUCAAUGCUGCGUCCUGAUUGGUUGAGCUACUACUAGGCUAUAUGUUAUAGCCCACAAGUAGCAAAAAGCGGGGGGUUUUAAAGUUUGUUAUUCUCGAUAUUUUUGAGCAACUAGUUGGAUUUUACUAAAACAACUUAUUGUCUCAGAGCCCAUUCGGGCUCGAGGAAUAAUUGUUAAAUAGUAUUGAAACGAAACAAAAGGAUGGGUGGCGUUAUGAUAAGUCCACUUCACAUGACUACUAUAGUUCGGUUAACUAAGCAUAGGCAGGUUGUCGCGGGAGAGCUUCAGCCCUUCACUUUUUUGUGGGGGGGCACAGAAACACCCCCCUCCUACCCCCUAUGGAAGGUUGUCAUGUUAUGUAGUUUUUGUCCUCGGCACCAUUGAAGAUUGCAUCCGAGGAGUGCAAAAUGUUGAUGGCGUCUUUAAAAAAGGACAGAGGCCACCUUUUAUUGCUAAUUGGGAGGGGGAAUGGUACGGAAAAAAUGGAUUGUCCAAUUUUAGUUUCACCCCCCCCCCCAACCACUUUUCAUUUUGCUCCGCCGCCGCUGCUAACGCAAGUAAAAAAUAAUUCCCAGGAUUGAAACAGUCAUCAGUUACAAUUUUCUAGGAAUAAUUUAUUCUCUCUUCAAAAAUAUUUAGGAGAUAUUCACAAUGAUAAUUUGUCGUAGCGUAGUUAGGAACUUACCGAAUUGGAGGCAAGUUAACCGCAUUGAUUGAACCUGCCUGAUUGCAAACCGUAGGUAGUUGGUCCCUGGAAGUUGGCUAUAAUAUUACAAGGAGGAAGAAGAGUAAUCAGGCGUCACGUCAAUUUAUUUAAUACGCAAUUAAUCAAUGAUAGAGUCAACUUAAACAUCGCCGAAUGUAACAGCUGAUGUAGCAGGCGUAUAGAUAAAAACUUUAUUAAAGUGUCAAAAGCCGUCUAGCCAGGAAAAAAAAAAGAAUCCCUUACUAAUUUGCGGACACCAAUUAGGGGGAGGAUAUAUAAACUAAAAACUAUAUACAGUAGUAGGUAUGAACUCUCGCGUAUUCGAAAAACAUGCUUCUACACUGACAGGAAAAAAAUAUCGUAGGUACACUAAGGCCCUGUUGACAAGGAGGGAGGAAAAUAUCUCGUAGACAAGCUUUGUCGGUUUUUGAUAUGAAUAAAAGUAAUGUUUCUUCAUCGACUGAAUCGAUUUGCUGAAUUCCAUAUAUAUGUGGCUCAUAACAAAGUUCAUCAGGCUCUCCUCCCAAGGAUCUAAAUAUAAUGCAAGCUCUUUUUCGUCUGUUGUUUGAAGCGUGCAAUCUCCUGUUCUUUGAUUUUUUUCUCUGCUUCUUUCUCUCUCUGGCUUCAGAAGUUUUAGAUUUUGAGCCAAUGUGGUUAGCACCCCGGUACUUGGCUAAAUCUUGGGUGGGUGGUUGGGGGGUGGGGUGCGACGUUAUUUUUAGCAUAACAGAGCGGGGUUAGAACUAAUUUUUUUGUUUUGGAGGGGGGGUACUGUCUAAGUUUUUGCUAGAUAACUCUAGUUUUUCAUCUCCCCCCCCCCCCUCCUGAUAAUUAUUGCACAGUCGCUUAUAUUGUUCAGAUGUUUGUAAUUUAGGUCAGAAAUUGGUUAAUUCUGUUCAAAUUGUCAAGGUUGCUGGUCACGCAUGACGGGGGAAAGUUGUCCCGGUAGGCAAGUUAUCCCUAGCAGAGCGUUUACAGUUAGGGUAACCCUCUUGUUAGUGUAACCUAAGCUGUUAGCACCAGGGUUAUGCCCUCCCUCCUUGUAAACAGGGCCUUAUAAUAAUAAUAAUAAUAACACUUAUAUAGCGCUUAUCCGCAUGCGUUCUAAGCGCUUAUCCCGGCUAGUAACCAAAUUUUUAGUUCCGCCUGUGGCUCAAGCUAUUCCAAUGUAUGCAUAAAAAGGAGCCUCUAUGUCCUAAGCAGACACAUAUGUCAAAAGAAUUCAAAGAGGAAUUUCUGAAACUAAAGUAGUAAAGGAUUUAGAUUCGGGUUACUAGCGUCACGAAAUCUUCAGCGAAAAAAAUGUAAUGAUUGCGACAUUCUGAACGAUGUUAAGGACUAUACGAUCUCGCGGACACUGAAAAAGAAAAUAAUUAUAAAUACCUGGGAUGAAGCGAAUGACGAGGCGCUGGCAGAUGCACUGGAAUCACUAGAGCUCUACAAAUCGAGUAUAGGAAUAUGACCACAAUGCAAUAAUUGAAUCUCCCUGGAAGCCGAACUCUUUUUAGAGCGAUAAAAGGGAUCAAUUCGUUAAAAUUAAAAAACGGUAGAGGACAGUCUAUACCUGAUUUAAAUCAGCAUUGAGGGCCUCAGAUAUAGCUCUCGAAGCGGCUGCUGACAGUCGUCUUGCAAGAUCGUCCGCCAUUGUUGAAAACAAGAGAUAGUGACUUUGCCGCCAAAUUUUUGUUAGAGUACGAGCCCGCAGUGCUUGCGGUUUAAAUCGCACAGAUGCCGCGAUUUUCAUAUCGCAGAUGUACGAUUUAUAAAUCGCACAUUCGAGAUUCUGGAGAUUCUUAAAACACACAGUUGAGAUUUAUAAAUUGCACAUUUGCUAUGUAUAAAUUGCAAAGUCAGACAUCUUGCGAUUUAUAAAUUGCAAAGUCGUACAUCUUGCGAUUUAUAAAUUGCAAAGUCCGACAUCUUGCGAUUUAUAAAUUGCAAAGUCAGACAUCUUGCGAUUUAUAAAUCGCAAAGUUAAGUAUCUUGCAAUUUAUAAAUUGCACAGUCAGACACCUUGCGAUUUAUAAAUCGCAAAGUAAAGUAUCUUGCGAUUUAUAAAUUGCAAAUUUAGAGACUUGUAAUUUAUAAAUCACAAAGUAAGGUAGCUUGCGAUUUAUAAAUCGCAAAGUAAAGUAUCUUGCGAUUUAUAAAUUGCAAAGUUUGAAAUCUUGCAAUUUAUAAAUCGCUAAGCAGCGAAAAGUCCGAUACCUGUGAUUAACAUAUCGCAAAUGUCUUGGAAAGCGUUAUUUACAAAUCGCAAGACAACUGUUGUGCUAUUUGCUAAAUAGCACAAAAAUUAGAAAAAUAUUGCCUAAAUAAUAUUUUUACAUUUGGCGCCCCAUACCCAGUAAGGUUUUAAUAACAAAAGCCUUAACUUGCACAAGAAAGCAAUACCCUGAUAAUGGUAAAAUGACACCACGUGCAAAUGGCCUACUCCAUUAUGUAAGAAUACACUUUCUCACAAACAAGAAAACCCUCCCAGCGCGAACUUCACUCUCUGUAAUAUAAAACGCACGGUUUUUCGCCAACCCUACUGUUAACCUCUGUCCGCAAAGAUUAGCAUCUAUCAACAGGCCCUAACUAUCUGGGUGACCUGUGCUGCACCCAUAAUUCAGUUGUGUCUAAAAUCAAAUAUGGCGAUCUCCAGGAUCUCAGAGGGAUCGAGCAAGGAAUAUUCCAAGAUUCAGGGUUUCUUUGUACAUCGUUAUAAUCGGUAAGCAAACAGUUACAGUGUUACAUUCAUUGGACACUGCAGUACAAAUUGUAUUGCGAAAUCCGUUCUCGUCUCUCAUGGCAGCUGUGUAGUAACCCUUACAAGCUUGUGUUGUUUAUUUCAGGCCUACACAUUUUAAUCGCUAGGAUAUUUACAGUCAAACGAAAUCGAGCCUUAUAACACUAAUGAAACUCAAGACAAUAUGAAUAAAAUAGUAUCGAACCUGCGUGCUAAAACCGGACCACAACACCUGUUUGAAUAUAAUUUGCAGAAUGUAGUAAAACAAACAACAACAACAAAAAAAAAAAAACAUAUGUAUUUUAAAAUGAUGUUCCUUCGAAUUCAUUAUCAGUUUUAUGCUUUCUGGAGAUGAUUUCUUGUCAAAGUCAGGUAUUAUUCGAUUGAUUUGAUUAAUAAAUGCCUGUCUCUGUAAUGAGUAUUUGUUACAUUGAAAGAGGAAAUGAAUCUCAUCUUCUACCUGAUUUGAGUUACAUGAGGGACAUAAUCUAUUUUCUCUUGGCAAAUGAUCGAUUUGGUAUCGACCAUGUUCAAUCAUAAGUUUGUGAUUACUUAUUUUAAAUUUAACAAAAUUCUGUCGUUCGUCAUAACGUCUUAGCUGGUAGAGAUAAUCAGAUGUAGAAUAUUCGUCUUUAAAAGUUUUAUAAAAUUCUAGUUUUUUUGAAUUUUCAAGGCUGUGCCACCAAAAAGAUAGAUAUUUCUCUCUCAUUUCUGUGGUAUAUCGUCUAAUUUUAUCAUUAUCUAGAGAUUCAGCAUCUAAACUGGUUAGAUUGUCUUGUUCAAACAUGUUUAUGAAAUUGGAAAAAUAUCCUGAAUGUAGAUUCUUUGACAUAAGGAAAGACUGUUUGACUAUAGAGUCAUUAUCUUUGUUGUUGAGGUAAACAAAAUAUUUCAUAAUUUUCUGAUUUAUCGGGAUAAGCAGCGGCAAUCUAUCAAGUUCAGCUCUGCAAGCUAUGUUAGAGGCCUUAUUGUUAACCUCUAAGUAACGUUUACAGAAUUUGAGGUGGACUUUUUCUAUUGGGGAGCUAUCCCAUUUUUAAAAUCUUGCUUGGUGUACACUCCCCAUACCUCACUGUUGUAACUUAAGAUUGGGAAUACCAUGGUGUCAAAAAUAUGGGAUGCAGUAUUAGGAUUAAGUUUGUUAAGAAUUGUCCGCUUCGAAUACUAGAAAACGCGUGAAGGGCCUUUUCUUUUAAGUGUUCGAGUGCAAGUGUAAAGUUUCCGUUGGAGUUAAACGUGUACCUAAAUAAGUGUAUUCUUGGACAAUUUCAAUUGACUCACUGCCUAUGUUGGAAUUUGAUGUCAAUAGAUUUUUUUUGCGUUUCUGGAAUAUCAUAAUUUUUUUUUUUUCGGAUUAAUUUUUAGCUUCCAUUUGUCACAAUACAAGGAAAGCGCAUUUAAACAGUUCUGUAAUCCAGUUUUCGAUCUUGAUAGAAUAACUAAAUCAUCUGCGUACAAAAGUGAAUUUAUUUUUUUUCCCAUUUGGAAGAACAAAUGGGUCAGAUAAGGUGUGUGUUUUCGAAUAAAUGUGGUACAUUGUUUAAAUAGAGGUUAAAUAAAAGAGGGCUUAAAAUACAGCCUUGGCGUACACCUCUGGAAUAUGAAAAAGGCUGUGUUUUGUUUUCACCGAUUUUGAUGGAACAUGUCGAGUUGCAAUAAAGGCUUUUCAUGAGGUUGUACAAGUUUCCUCCUAUAUUUGUUUCGUAGACAUGGCAAUUGGUCUUGUGUUUACAUAACCCACACGGAAUCAAGCAUGACAUUCCCUUAGCAACAUAACAAUUCAGCCAUUCAGAAUUCAGCUGAAUGCAUCAGAAUAAUUGUUCAUCUUGUGCUGCUCACGCUUGUUCAAAGCAAAACAGAUUAAAAACACUGUUUUAAACUCACGUUUGGGGGGAGUAAUGAAAUGUGAAAUGGAGUAAUGAUUGUCGGCAUAUAUCAGAAACAAAGUGUGAGUCAUCGAGACACUGUUGCAUUACAAAGCAAAGAUAAUCACAGGAGUACACUGAAACAAAAAACCAUUGACCCUCCAUACUUGUUUGUGUAGCCCAAAGAUUGUUAAUUGCUGCAGUUUAUGUUGGUCUUUUCUGUCUAGUCCACACAUUGAAAUAAAGGAUUCCGUAUCAUAAGCAAGCGAUUAAUCCUUCAAUCUCCACAGCAUGGUACUAAUGUUGUUGGAGAUGUAAACUUUAUUAUUCUCCUAGUUGAUCAGAGAAUUAAACUGUUGGACAUACACAACAAGGUUUUAAGAUUCAUCACAGGCCUUUUCCUCCGAUUGUCAAGCAGACAGCUUUUUUUGAACAUAUAGACAACCUCAAGAUUGCCUCUUUCAGGUUUAGGGUUCAGUGUUGAUUUUCCUUCUUGAAUCCAGGGGACCAUUACUUAUGCCACAUUCUGACAGACCACAUAAACAAUCACCGGCAGCAUCUUCUGGGGAAAGGAAGUGGAAACAUUAUUUUUACUUGUGGUGCGUAAAUGCUUAACAGUAGUCUAUUAUUUUGUGCACUUGAUAUGGCGUGUGCUGAAGUAUAAGCUGUUCACAUAAUUAUAUGCCAGAAUUGAAACCCAUCCCUAAUCUUAAAAAGAAGAGCCAAAGGACCUUUUAGCAUUGCAGCUGGAUCUCAAAGGUGAAAACCACCUCAAGAUCUCACUGACCCUUAAGAGAAUUAUGGGGACUGGUCAAAAAAGCCCAUGACAGACACCGCCUCGGUUACAAUAAACAGGGUCAAUAAAGGAAUGAAAGGUAUCAAAUCACAGAAUGUAGUCCCUGCACGAUUUUUGCUCUGUAAAAGGUUGGUAAUGGCGAGAGAAGGUAGAAAAUUCUUCGGCUGGUGUUUUUGUAAGUUCUUAAUCUCACCGAGACUGGUCGGUUGGACCAGAUCAGUAUUGAUUUUAUGCCGUGGAUUUUUUUUCCACAAAAUGGGGAGAAAAUCGCAAUGUCUAGUUUUUCCGGCUGCCUAAUCUGCACACACUGCUAAUUACCAGCCCAGAUGAUACAUUCUAAUGGCUAAGACAGAGACUUAAGAUUAAACCAUUUCAUGCCAGAAAUCACUCUUUUCUCAGUGUAAUGAUUCCAUUCAUCUUCAGUCAAAAGCCUAGAGGACUAGACAUCCUACUAGUACCUUCACUGUAUUAGUGUUAUUUUUUGUAAUUGAAACCAUUCCUUCAAGAAGGAAGUUGGAUUCAAGUUUUGCUUGCACAAAUAAAGGCGAGUUGUUCACAGUCAGAAAUAGGUUGCUCCAGCUUUUAAAGUGCAGUAUAAAAGAAGUUUUAUUGUAUUCAUUUUAUCCACACAGCAACUGUGUACACUGCUAGAGACUUUGCAGAAGAAACCAGUGCCACCCUCCAGUUAGCCAUGACAAGCUUAAGACAGGUUGGAAAUGGGCCAGUGUUUUGCUGUACUAGUUGAGGAGUCAAACACAGUAGAUAGCCCUUAAAUAUACGUGGCUAGCCAAAUUCACUCCUUAAUCCUCUUGGAUGGAGAUGUACAUGUAUCACUUCCUGCAGCACAAGAGUGUUGGGGUGGCUUCUUCUGACUGGAGUUGGGUUAGACAGUCAAUGGGUAGAAAAGCAACACUGCCUCGUCCCGGUCACCAUGGUCACCUUCAAAAAAAAAAAGGCGGAUGCCAUCAUUUCAACACAAGCAAGAGAUCCAUUCACCAGGCAUUCAUGAAGUAAUGGUAAGGUAAGCAAGUGCAGUAGAGAAACUUUGUUUACACUUAACAUUCACCUUGUGCACAAUUUAUGAAACUCAACUCGUUCUGAGCAGGAAGCAGGAAUAUUGCACAUCUGUUAUAACUGCCAAAGACUUUUCUAAAUUGACUGUCUUGAUAAUUUUUGCCAGUAACACAUAGAUAUACCAUAAACGUGCGGUUGCAGAAUAAUAUUGUGCUUCAAUUUUCAGAGUUCCAGUCUCUCUCUUUAUCAGCUAGCCUGUGUGCAGUACCCCCCCUUCCCCUGCCUUCUCCGAUUUUUCCUGCAGGGAGGGAGGGGGUCUGUAUACAGGCUAUUUAUUAGCAUAAAAUUGGCUGUGUAGGUGGUUUGGGGGCGUGGCAGGGGUGUUGUAGCUCAAAACGAAAUUUCUUUUAAUUUUUUCACAUUUUGUCUUUCAGCCUGCCCUGGUUCCAGAUCAGAUGGGAUCAAGUUGCCACUAAACUAUUUACGGUCAAAUUCAGUCAAGAUUGCCAUUUGAACAAUAAAAUAAACAAAUGGGAAGUUUUGUGCCAUUUUCAUCCAUAAGAAUUACUUUGUACAGUAUAACUUUCAGCCAGGAUUGAAUUAAUUGAACCACAGGGUUAGUUAAGUUUGACAAUGCUACAUGCAAGUACCGUAAUUGUCAACGUAAUAGAGUUUGCUGGAACGAUGAGGAAAAAGGGAAAUUCUUAUCAGGAAUAACACAAAAAAAGUUGUGCUAUUUUCUCCUCUUGUGGGGAUUAACUGAUCCACUGGGAUCGAUAGCAGUAUUAAGUUUGACACUAACUUGCCUUUUCAAUAAAGUGACCAUAUUGGAAAAUAAUAAUAAUCAAAGAAGGGUUUACUAUUGCAGCCUCCUUUUCCUUAACACCUCUCCUUACAAAAUAUACAGUAUACAGUACAUGGAUCUCCAAUAAAUUUAUGUAUUAUAACAAGUGCUGUAUAAGAAGGAGAGAAGCCCGGUUUAAAUAAGUGCCUUUCUCUCACCCCCUCCCGCCCUUCACUCUCCAGAAAUUCACAAAAAAACAAUAAGUGCUCCACUAGCCUGUUCCAGGCGUUCAGACAGUAGAGCGUGUUAACUGACUCCCCACCAUUUGAACACUGUACUCUACUAUCUGAACACCUGGAACAGGCUAGUGCUCAAACUCUCGGUUUAUCCAUAGCCAUGAUCAGGCCGCAAGUGCAUUCAUUGGAAGAUAUGGCCGAAUUAUAAUAUCAUAUUAAAAGAUGCCAGGACAAUGGUAUCAUCUAUUUAAGCCAACAGACAGUUGUAGAACAUGAAGAUGUUACAUUUCUAAGGAAGAUGCAAAUACACACCGACCAAGGAUUCGCUACUUAGAGACCAGACAUUGUCAUCUAAGAUCACGAAAACAUGACGUGCAAACUACGUUGCAAAGCGUUUAGACAAGACCACCUCUGUUAAGGUCACUGAAAAACUCUCAGAAUACGAAGACCUAGAAACUGAAGUCAAUACCUUAGGACUAAGGGUUAGUCUCGGUCUUUGUGAAGCUUUUCUUAAGGAAAGCACAAUGCAAAGGCUCAGAUGUUGAUGAUAGUAAUAAUGACAAUAAUAAAAAUAAUAACGACAACAACAACAAUAAAUCAGGAACUGCAGAGCCCUCAUCAGGGAUGUGAAAUAUGGUGUCUUUUUCAAUUGUGGCGAUUGCAAUUCUAACGACGACAAAAACUUACGAUAAUUACGUGUGCUUUCGUGGAACAAUCGAUCUGACUUUUUCACGUGUAGAUUACUUUCCCUGGGUAGCAGUGGAUGCGGACGACAGCUAAAAAUAGCCACGUCUCUGGGUACAAAUACUCACCCGUCCCAGUACUUCUCGUCUCUCUCAGCGCAGCUAUGCUAGAACUACUGACUUUGCUGUCCUUCAGCAAUAAAACAACGAUUUUCACUGACCUGAAACCCCUUCCAUCGCGUAGUUUAUGUUCCAUAUUUAUAUAUGCACAGUUUUUCUCUCUUGCAAAAUUCACCCCCUCCGAGAAAUAAGCCUUCAAAAAAAGCUUACUCUCUGCCUCAAAGCGAGGCGCGCUAAAAUAACCAGUCACGCGAUCUACCAUACUCUCCAAUCUUAAAACGGCUGCAAGCGCAAAACCUAACUAGUUAAUCCCCCUCUGUAAAAGAAAAAAUAAAUAAAUAAACGAUUUUUCAGUCGUUUUUUGUGCCAGUUCUAAACUUUGCGCGAGCAGUGGAACGGUGGCGUCUCCCUUUUUACGUAACUGCAGUAAUGCGCGUUUUUGUACAACUUGAAGUAGAACUGAAGAUUCGAACAAAGCUUGUCGCUCCUGCUUGUCGAUAGUUUUUUUUUUAAAAUGGCUUAUGCUGCAGCUUCCAACAGUGAAGCAGAAUCAGCUCCCGACCUAUCCCGAUUUUUGUAUGACUUUGACGUGGACAAUCAAUGGAGCCAUUUCCGUCAUGGACCACCAACAGCCUCCUCGGUUGAACGGGGAAGAAGAAAAACUAGAUUCAAAAUGGAUAAAAGGUACUCUUCAAGGAAGCAAACACCGUCAAGGAGAAAAAAUGCCGCCUAUCGCGACGUUGACACGGUCAAUUUGGUCUGCUGCAACGGUGGAUGUCUUUUAAAGAAUGGCAUAGAGACUGCGAGGCAAGUUAUUCGACAGGAACGAGGUAGAGCUUUCUAUAGAUCUAGAAACUACAACGAACAAAAUUACGUGAUAUCGAAACUUAUGCAAGUGGAACUAUUUCCUAGCGGACGCAGAAAAAUAACCUACAGUAUCCCAGCCUUAGGCCCUGUGUGCAAAAUCGCCUUCAUGAAAUGCUAUGGAGUGUCGCCUAAAAAAAUUAAAGUCCUUUUAGAGAAAAUGGAUUGUGACUGUUUAUCUAUUGACCCCGAUAAACGGGGUAGGCACAGUAACAGACCGCGCAAAUUGACGGAAGAUGCGAGGAGACAAGUAACAGAGUUUAUCUGUUCCCAUUCGGCAAACCACUCGCACUACAGAAGGGCGCGAACGGAAAAACAAUUUUUUUGAUACGCCGACAACUAUGAGGAGAAUGUGGGGACAGUUUACUAGACAAUACCCGAAUUUCACCUCGACACGUUUGGGAAAGAAAAACAAAGGUCCUGUUAUAAGUUUUACUACCUUCAGGAACGUGUUCAACGAAGAUCUCGGCAGCAGGUUGGGUUUUCGAAAACCACGAGAAGACACAUGUCAGGUUUGUGACAAGACCUUAAACACGAUAGGACGAAUGACAAACGGCGCAGCCGAGGACAGCGCCAGAAAUGAAGAAGAACUUCAAAGAAUAAGAACAGAACGUGAAAAUCAUUUAAUUGAGGGCGAAAGGAGAUAUGCUGCCUUAAAGUAUGACAUGUUUGUUCUGUCUAAGAAACGGGUCAAUGGGUGUACAGAUGAAAGUUAGCAGAUGAAUUGUCGACGCUGAUUUCCUCUUUGCUUUAGCUUGAAGGUCAAGAAAAUGUAGGAAGAGUUUAAAACUCAGUAUAGUUAAGGUGAAUAAAGUGUUGAAAGAAUUUGUACUUGCUGAGUUCGAGUUGAUUUGAGAGAAGGUGGGUAACUUUGUAGUUUGCGAUUUGAUGGCACUAGUAAUAGGCCCUCUGCAGCUAGCCAUUCAUGUGGUACAAAACCGCCAUGCUGGAGAGCAAAAGUCGCACUGGGACAAGACAGACAAAAGACAUACCGGCAUAAUUUUAAAUGGUAAUUUUCUUUGUUAGUCUUGUCCCAGUGCGACUUUUGCUCUCGAGCACGGCGGUUUUGUACCACGUGAAUGACUAGCUGCAAAGGGCCUAUUACCUUAGCCUACCAAAGCUAAUCGCAUGUCUCAGAUCAAGGCUUUGUUAACUUGAGGAAAGUACAACCUUCCUAUGCCUUAUGACUGAGGUGGGUAGCCCUCCCUCCUACCAUGAAACAUGGACCUGAAUCCGAAAAAGGGUUGCGUAUUUGUUAUAUUAUCUGUUUUAAAAAAAUCGCCCUCCUCGAAUUGUCAUCCCUUUUAAUUAUUCAUUACAUAAAAAAGUCCCCGUACUAAUACAAAAUACACACCGCAUCACGGAAAAAGAUUCACUAAAACACAUACAAUUUCAGUUCAAAAAAGUACAGGAAACCGUGAGCCAUGGCAGACUGAACAGAGAUAUUUAGAGUCUCUUUUACGGAAAAGAGCAAACGUCAGAUUCAAGUUGAGAAUUUCACAACAAGAAACAGGGAACACUUGGUCACGUGGUACAAAUUCACGUUUGCCGUUUGCCGCAAACGUGACUCUUGGCUCCAACAGGGAGCUUAAGCAACAGCGUUUUUGAGCGACGGACGUCAACCGGAAGUGGGCUUUUUGCAACAUUGGGCAGUGGGUGGGCUCAAAAUUUCGGGCAAAUCGUCUUUAUAAGAGAAAAGAAACUUAGCGAUACAAAUUUUUUAGCGUCAAGGCAUAUAAAAGAAGAGAAGGCCUCACUUCCGGUUGACGUGCAUCGCUCAAAGUCGUGUUUGCUUAGGGUCCCUAAUGUGAAGACAACUGUUUGCAAGGUCAACGAACCUGCGCGCGCUCUCUUAAGUUUCUCUUCCAAUGACUGUCGCAAACGUAAGUGAUAACGGUAGUUUUUUUUUUUUUGAAUAUCGAGCCACUAGCGCAAGCUGUAAAUAACUGAAGAGAUAAGUUUUAAAGUAAACUGAGUGCUGCGUUAAAGAGGGCACGAUGUGUUAAGCCUCACGUAGUCAAGCCCCUUUCAUGGACUAAAAUGGCCUCGAAAACGCUUACUUUGCAUAUGGAUUUUCACAAAAGCUUACCUACACCAAAGGUGUCGUCUCAAGACUGGUAUUACUCAAAAAAGCUCAGGACAAGCCUAAUGGGUAUAUACUGCGCAAACCAGGAGGUCAUACACUGUUUUAUGUACGACGAGUCUAUUGCUGGUGUAGGCCCAAAUGAAGUGAUCUCAAUCUUGGACUAUUUUCUCAAAAAACUUCAGACGGAGCAAGGCCGAGACAGGUAUGACCAUCUUAUAGUGUGGUGUGACAAUUCUCCGGCUCAGUUUAAGCAAAAACUUUCUAUUUUUUUUAUAUGGAUUACCUGGUCACAAGAGGAGACUUCCUACGAACAGACUUAAAAUUCUUGUUGGAGGCCACUCGUAUAGUGUGUGCGAUAGAUAUUUUGGAAACAUUCAAAAAGUUUUUAACGCCCAAGAGAAAAUUGAAACACCCAAAGAUUGGGAAAACGUUCUAGUCAGCAGUGGUUUAUCAAGCGUCAAGGUCUAUUGGGUAGGUCUUGACAUGAUAAAGGACUACAAGUCAUUUUUAAAGUUAAAAUACGUCAGUAGAAACGAAGAUUUACAGCACGAGAAAUUUGAGGUCAAAGACAUCGCGUGGAUUAAUGUUGGAAUUGGGGAACAGCCUGAUGACAGCGGCAAUCUGAAAGUUGUAGAUCAUCCCGACUGCGCCUUCGUGCGUUUCACUAUUGACCCAAAACAGCAACCCAGGCUAGUUUCGUACACAAAGAGAAGGCAAGCAACUCCACUGCGAAUAGACCUACUGACCACACUGAGGCAGGAACUAAGGCCAAUUCGUGAAGAUGUAAAGCAGCAGUGUCUAAAUCUAGCUAGAAAAUAUUUAAGUGAACGUGCCGAACGUUUUUAUGCUGCCCUACCAUGUAUCCAAGAGGG